CACUCCCAAACCCUUCUCUUCUAUUAUUUCCGCAUUUCCACUCCCAAAUUGAGAUGGCGAUGAAACGUGCUGUUUCCUCUGCGGUUCGAUCGCUUGCUUCUUCCUCUUCGAUCUUUUCGACUUCACUCUCCUCACCCGCUCUCGCCAGGCACCUUCAUGCUACUGGUGGAAGCAAGAAAAUCGUUGGGGUUUUCUACAAAGCCAAUGAGUACGCUUCCCUGAAUCCCAAUUUCGUGGGUUGUGUUGAAGGAGCCUUGGGUAUACGUGGAUGGUUGGAAUCACAAGGUCAUCAGUACAUUGUCACAGAUGACAAAGAAGGACCUGACUGCGAACUUGAGAAACACAUUCCUGAUCUCCACGUGCUCAUAUCCACUCCAUUUCAUCCAGCAUAUGUCACUGCAGAAAGAAUAAAGAAAGCUAAAAAUCUUGAACUGCUAUUAACAGCUGGAAUCGGUUCCGAUCACAUUGAUCUUAAUGCUGCCGCAGCUGCUGGAUUGACUGUGGCUGAGGUUACAGGAAGCAAUGUAGUGUCAGUUGCAGAGGAUGAACUCAUGCGAAUCCUGAUUCUAGUGAGGAAUUUCGUACCUGGGUAUCAUCAGGCUGCUAAUGGGGAAUGGAAUGUUGCUGGCAUUGCUCAUAGAGCAUAUGAUCUCGAAGGGAAGACUAUUGGGACUAUUGGUGCCGGCCGAAUUGGCAGGCUUUUGCUGCAAAGAUUGAAGCCUUUUAACUGUAAUCUUCUCUAUCAUGACCGGCUUAAGAUGGAUCCUGAAUUGGAGAAACAAACUGGGGCUAAGUACGAGGAGGACCUUGAUGCUCUGCUGCCCAAAUGUGAUGUAAUUGUUAUCAACACACCUCUGACUGAUAAGACAAGGGGAUUGUUUGAUAAAAAUAGAAUUGCUAAGUGCAAGAAGGGCGUCUUGAUUGUAAACAAUGCCCGUGGGGCAAUCAUGGACACCCAAGCAGUUGCAGAUGCUUGCUCUAGUGGGCACAUUGCAGGUUACAGUGGUGAUGUUUGGUUCCCGCAACCGGCUCCAAAGGAUCACCCAUGGCGUCACAUGCCAAACCAUGCCAUGACUCCGCAUAUAUCCGGAACCACAAUAGAUGCACAGUUACGAUAUGCUGCUGGGGUCAAAGACAUGCUCGAUAGGUACUUCAAGGGUGAAGAAUUCCCAGCACAAAACUACAUUGUCAAGGAGGGUCAAUUGGCUAGCCAAUACCGCUGAGCUAAAACUUGUGCGGGUGUGAAAGUCUUCCGUUGUUGAUUUGAUUUGAUGAUCACUUAACAGUUGGGAAGGCACUCAAAUAAUUAAUCAUGUCUAAGAGUUUGAAUUGUGGAAUUUGAUUCAGAAAUAAAGCUGUGGUGAGUGGAGUUUAUGUCUUGGUAUCUUUCACGUGUGAUUCGAAUAUGAAGGUUCUGCUCGUGAAGAUUUACAUGAAUUUUUAAACAAAGCCA